AGUUCCUCCGUUGAAGCUAAACGGUCAUCUCAUUAAGCACAGACAUUUUUAAAAUACACGCUAUCGCAACAGAUUUUUGCUAUUAUUACCAUAAAGAGCCGUAAGAUAAUACCGGAUUAGGAAGCUCAUAGGAAAUCGCAUUUAGAUGUCACCAAAACGCGUACGAUUUGGACCACGUGAACCACAAUUGAACUCUCCGGCUGGGGCUGGUAGCCCAGCAUUGCCGAUGUCGCCAUUGCUCUUAUUUCCUGAGCCAGACGAAGGACCGGCACCAACACCACCGCCACCACCACCGGCGAAUGACGACAAUCAAAAGCCAAAUGGUAAGAAAAAAGGCAAAGGCAAAGGUGUACAACGGAAGCCUGUACCGAAAGCUGAAACAGGAGGGAAUAAAGAUAGUGAAACACCGAAAGAUGACGCGAUGCCACUUUCACCACUCGCUCUCCCAAUGGCUAAUGCCGAGGAUGAACCAAUUAUAGAGGAUCUUUUCCAUGAAAUUGAACGGGAUACGAAGAUUCUCAAGGAGGAGCAAGAAAGAUCCAAAGAGAAGGAAAAAGACGACACAAAGGAAGAAAAUAAGGAAGAGAAGAAUGAUUUAAGUAUGAAUGCGCCAUCUGCAGGCGAAACUAGCGCAAGUGAACCUGAAAGAAGAAGAAGGGCGGUGGAGACAAACCAGAGGAGAAGACAGAGGAAAAAGCGACUGAUAAACCCCCAGAACCAAAUCCGCUACCGCCAACACCAGACGCACCACCUGCGCCUCCGAAAGAUGAACUCGCGAUGGCAGAAAGCAAUCCUCUUCCUGAACCACCAAUCCCGUCCGAGCUACCACCGCUGCCUGAACCGCCUAAGGAAGAACUACCUAAGGAGGCGCCCAAGGAUCCGGGUAAAGUAGAGGUCAAGAUUGACCUACCUGCGGAAAUAACACUAGAACCACCACCACCACCACCACCACCAGCGCAUCCAGCAGACGAACCACCUAAGCCCCCAACAACUACGGUAAGCUCGUCUUAUGGCGAUAUGGACUCUACUGUAGCACCUUUGUCAACACCACCAACAUCACCACCAACCUCACGUCCAACUACACCAGUUGCGCCACCCGCAACAUAUCAAUAUGAUCCACAGACAAUGUUUGGAGACGGCAGACCAUCACUUUUGACAGUUGCUUUCCACGCUAUCGCAUAUAACAAGGAUAGUUUAGGUGUACCACCUCCAGUAAACAAUGAACAAUUGAUGAAUUCAACAAUUAACAUGGUAGAUAGAGACGUUGGUUUAUUACCAAACGAUGAAAAGACAAGCUUUUUUGGUGAAAUACCAGAUUUAGCAAAGGAAUUGAUAAGGGCUUCAAACGAACUAAGAAAAGCUUGGCAUGAAUCUCAAC